AGUCCAGAAAUAGGCCCUUAACAUACCUGAUUAAUUGAUUUUUAACAAAGGUACAAGGGUAAUCAGAUAGUGGAGGGACAACUAGAUAUCUAUGUUUAAAAAUUUUUUCAUAUGAGUCCAAGAGCAUGAUCCAUAGAACAAGAGAUAAUAUGUAUCAAACUUCAUAAAAAUAAUGUAUUUCUGCUCUUUGAAAGGCACUGUGAAGAGAAUAAAAAGAUAUGCCCAGACUGGGAGACCACAUUUACAAAUAAUGUACCUGAUAAAAGACUUGUAUUCAGAAUAUAUAAACAUCUCUCAAAACUCAAUAAUAAGAAAACAAAACCCAACUUAAAAGAUAGGCCAAAGGUUUGAGCAUUCACCCAAGAGGAUUUACUAAUGACAAAUAAGUCCAUAAAAAUAUGCUCAGUAUCAUUGGCCAUUAAGGAAAUUCCAGGGCAAACCACAGUAAGAUAAUACUACUCACUUGUUAGAAUGGCUAAAAUGAAAAAGAGAGAUCAUUCCUAAUGCUGUCAGGGAUGUAGAGCAGCCGAAACUCUCAUAUAUUGCUAGUAUGAAUGUAAAAUGUCACCACACUUUGAAAAGCAGUUUGGCCCCUUCCUAACAUGUUAAACAUGCUAAAUAUAUACCUACAAUAGGACUCAGCCUUUCCAUUCCUAGAUAUUUAUACCCAAGAGAAAUGAAAGCAUAUGUCCAUACAAAGACUUGCACACAAAUACUCAUAACAGCUUUAUUUGUAAUAGCACAGAAAGCUAAGGGUUUAAAUUGUGUAUCAUAAUGAAUACUCCUCAGCAAUGAAAAGGGAUGGAUUGACAGACAAUUGAAUAAUUGACAAUAGAAUAAUCUCAAAAAAUUAUGCCGAGUGGAAGAAACCAUACAAAAAAAGAGUAUAUAAUGUAUGAUUCCAUUUCCUUAAAGUUCUGGAAAAUGCAAACUAAUGUAUAAUAAUGAAAAGAUUAGUGGUUGUCUGGAGAAGGAGUGAGUGUGAGAGUGAUGCAUAGAGGGAUUACAGAGGCCUGGGAAAACUUUUGGAGGUGAUGGCUCUGUAUGUGCAUUAUCUUAAUGGUGGUGAUAGUUUCAUGCAUGUCUACAUAAGGCAAAAUCGCGCACUCCGAACAUGGAUAGUUCAUCCUACGCCAGUUACAGCCCAGUAAAGCUAUUUUAAAUGCCACACUGCAUGACAGGCAUACCGUGUGGGAAACUGUGCUGUAAACGUGUGAAAUGCACUCGCUUUAAUCUUCAGAACAAACCUCCAGCUGUUUGCUGUGAUUGUUCCCUUUACAGAGGAGAACACCGACGCUUCGAAAAGCCGUUCAGUCCAAGUCCACCCAGUCAGCAAGCGGCAGCCUGACCAUUCUCUUUCCCUCUUAACUGUGAACGGAGGUGGAAACACGUGGACGAGGCACAAUAACAUGCUUAGCGUUCUCACCUUCAUUAUCUAGGACGGUCCUCGGGGGAGAGUGUGGAGGAAGCAGUUCAUGCCUGCUUUGCAGAUGGACAAACUGAGGUUGACAAGAUAAAAGUGAUCUUUACAGUUUAGACCUGGGACUGCAGGGGAGCGACGUUUCCCUACUCCUUACACCAGCGCCCUGUCCAUGGACUCACAGGUCUCCCGCUGCUGCUGACUUCUGCGUCUGCUUUUUCUUUGUUGGUUUUUAUUUUUAUUCAUUCAGCCAAAGAUCACGUACUUUGCCUUUCCGUGUUGGUGGAUGUCAGACACUCCCAACCGAGCGUGGCAAUAUGACCAGGCAUUUCCUUCUGCGCCUGCGGGUCAGGAAGAAGGCACUUCCAAGGGCCACGGGGCACCUUCUGGGUGUCAGCGCCCAGGAGCGGCCCGUGGGCAGGAGCUGGGCGGCCCCGUCCCGUCGCUCGGUUCGGGCGCCCCGCCCGCGCGCUCCGCCGGACGUCGGGGAGGCGGGCCCGGGGACGCUCGCGAGGCGCUCCGGCGAGGCGCCCCCUGCCGGCGCCCUGCUCCCUCGUCCUGGAUCCCGUCCGGGCGGCGCGGGGACGCCGGCCUGGGAGCCCGCUAGCGAGCGGGCGGGCGGCGCGGUGCGGCGCGGCCGAGCGGGUGCGCCCUGCAGGGAGCUGGCCUGUCCUGGACGCAGCAUAACUAACGAAGCUGCUGCAGGAUGAGAAGAUGGCAGGGCGGCUGCUCGCACCACCAGGCCCUGAUAGUUUCAAGCCUUUCACCCCCGAGUCUCUGGCAAACAUCGAGAGGCGCAUUGCCGAGAGCAAGCUUAAGAAACCACCAAAGGGAGAUGGCAGCCACCGGGACGACGAUGAGGACAGCAAGCCCAAGCCCAACAGUGACCUGGAAGCCGGGAAGAGUUUGCCUUUCAUCUAUGGGGACAUCCCACAAGGCCUGGUCGCUGUUCCCCUGGAGGACUUUGACCCGUACUAUUUGACGCAGAAAACCUUUGUAGUAUUAAACAGAGGGAAAACUCUCUUCAGAUUUAGUGCCACGCCUGCCUUGUAUAUUUUAAGUCCUUUUAACCUGAUAAGAAGAAUAGCUAUUAAAAUUUUGAUACAUUCAGUAUUUAGCAUGAUCAUUAUGUGCACUAUUUUGACCAACUGUGUAUUCAUGACUUUUAGUAACCCUCCCGACUGGUCGAAGAAUGUGGAGUACACAUUCACAGGGAUUUAUACAUUUGAAUCACUAGUUAAAAUCAUUGCAAGAGGUUUCUGCAUAGAUGGCUUCACCUUUUUACGGGAUCCGUGGAACUGGUUGGAUUUCAGUGUCAUCAUGAUGGCAUAUGUGACAGAGUUUGUGGACCUGGGCAAUGUCUCAGCGCUGAGAACAUUCAGGGUUCUCCGAGCUUUGAAAACUAUCUCUGUAAUUCCAGGCCUGAAGACCAUUGUGGGCGCCCUGAUUCAGUCCGUGAAGAAGCUGUCAGAUGUGAUGAUCCUGACAGUGUUCUGCCUGAGUGUUUUCGCCUUGAUCGGCCUGCAGCUGUUCAUGGGCAACCUGCGGAACAAGUGUGUGGUGUGGCCCAUAAACUUCAAUGACAGCUACCUCGAGAACGGCACCCGAGGCUUCGACUGGGACGAGUAUAUCAACAAUAAAACAAAUUUUUACACAGUUCCUGGAAUGCUAGAACCUCUACUCUGUGGGAACAGUUCUGAUGCUGGGCAAUGCCCAGAGGGAUACCAAUGUAUGAAAGCAGGAAGGAAUCCCAACUAUGGUUACACAAGCUUUGACACUUUCAGCUGGGCCUUCUUGGCAUUAUUUCGCCUUAUGACCCAGGACUAUUGGGAAAACUUAUAUCAACUGACUUUACGAGCAGCUGGAAAAACGUACAUGAUCUUCUUCGUCUUGGUCAUCUUUGUGGGUUCUUUCUAUUUGGUGAACUUGAUCUUGGCUGUGGUAGCCAUGGCUUAUGAAGAGCAGAAUCAGGCAACACUGGAGGAGGCAGAGCAGAAAGAGGCUGAAUUCAAAGCAAUGUUGGAGCAACUUAAGAAGCAACAGGAAGAGGCACAGGCUGCUGCGAUGGCCACUUCAGCAGGCACUGUCUCAGAAGAUGCCAUCGAGGAAGAAGGUGAAGAAGAGGGAGGCUCCCCGAGGAGCUCGUCGGAAAUGUCUAAGCUCAGUUCCAAGAGUGCGAAGGAAAGACGGAACCGGAGGAGGAAGAGGAAGCAGAAGGAACUCUCUGAAGGAGAGGAGAAGGGGGAUCCUGAGAAGGUGUUCAAGUCCGAGUCAGAAGACGGUAUGAGGAGGAAGGGCAUUCGGCUGCCGGACAACAGGAUCGGGAGGAAAUUUUCCAUCAUGAAUCAGUCACUGCUCAGCAUCCCGGGCUCCCCCUUCCUCUCCCGCCACAACAGCAAGAGCAGCAUCUUCAGCUUCAGGGGCCCCGGGCGGUUCCGGGACCCGGGCUCGGAGAACGAGUUUGCGGACGACGAGCACAGCACCGUGGAGGAGAGCGAGGGCCGCCGCGACUCGCUCUUCAUCCCGAUCCGCGCCCGCGAGCGCCGCAGCAGCUACAGCGGCUACAGCGGCUACAGCCAGGGCAGCCGCUCCUCGCGCAUCUUCCCCAGCCUGCGGCGCAGCGUGAAGCGCAACAGCACCGUGGACUGCAACGGCGUGGUGUCCCUCAUCGGCGGCCCCGGCUCCCGCAUCGGCGGGCGGCUCCUGCCAGAGGUGAAAAUAGAUAAGGCAGCUACCGAUGACAGUGGUACAACUGAAGUGGAAAUUAAGAAGAAAGGUCCUGGAUCUCUCUUAGUUUCCAUGGAGCAACUGGCCUCCUAUGGGCGGAAGGACAGGAUAAACAGUAUACUGAGUGUUGUUACAAAUACACUAGUAGAAGAGCUGGAAGAGUCCCAGAGGAAGUGCCCGCCAUGCUGGUAUAAAUUCGCCAAUACGUUCCUCAUCUGGGAGUGUCACCCCUACUGGAUAAAACUGAAAGAGAUUGUGAACUUGAUCGUUAUGGACCCUUUUGUGGACUUGGCCAUCACCAUCUGCAUCGUCCUGAAUACACUGUUCAUGGCGAUGGAGCACCAUCCUAUGACCCCACAAUUCGAACAUGUCUUGUCUGUGGGGAAUCUGGUUUUCACUGGAAUUUUCACAGCGGAAAUGUUUCUGAAGCUCAUAGCCAUGGAUCCCUACUAUUAUUUCCAAGAAGGCUGGAACAUUUUUGAUGGAUUUAUUGUCUCCCUCAGUUUAAUGGAACUGAGUCUAGCAGAUGUGGAGGGGCUUUCGGUGCUGCGAUCUUUCCGAUUGCUCCGGGUCUUCAAAUUGGCCAAAUCCUGGCCCACCCUGAACAUGCUGAUUAAGAUUAUUGGAAAUUCAGUUGGUGCCCUGGGCAACCUGACCCUGGUGCUGGCCAUUAUUGUCUUCAUCUUUGCUGUGGUGGGGAUGCAGCUCUUUGGAAAGAGCUACAAAGAGUGUGUCUGCAAGAUCAACCAGGACUGCGAACUCCCUCGGUGGCACAUGCAUGACUUUUUUCAUUCCUUCCUCAUUGUCUUCCGAGUGUUGUGCGGGGAGUGGAUCGAGACCAUGUGGGACUGCAUGGAGGUGGCAGGCCAGGCCAUGUGCCUCAUCGUCUUCAUGAUGGUCAUGGUUAUUGGCAACUUGGUGGUGCUGAACCUGUUCCUGGCCUUGCUCCUGAGCUCCUUCAGUGCAGACAAUCUGGCAGCCACUGACGAUGACGGGGAGAUGAACAACCUACAGAUCUCAGUCAUCCGUAUCAAGAAGGGCGUGGCUUGGACCAAAGUGAAAGUGCACGCCUUCAUGCAGGCCCACUUCAAGCAGCGCGAGGCCGACGAAGUGAAACCUCUGGACGAGAUGUACGAUAAGAAGGCCAACUGCAUCGCCAACCACACCGGUGCGGACAUCCACCGGAAUGGUGACUUCCAGAAGAAUGGCAAUGGCACCACCAGCGGCAUCGGCAGCAGCGUGGAGAAGUACAUUAUUGAUGAGGACCACAUGUCCUUCAUCAACAACCCUAACUUAACCGUGCGGGUGCCCAUUGCCGUAGGCGAGUCCGAUUUUGAGAACGUCAACACAGAGGACGUUAGCAGCGAAUCAGAUCCUGACGGCAGCAAAGAUAAACUGGAUGAUACUAGCUCCUCUGAAGGAAGUACCAUUGAUAUCAAGCCGGAAGUAGAAGAGGUCCCAGUGGAACAGCCUGAGGAAUACUUGGACCCAGAAGCUUGCUUCACAGAAGGCUGUGUCCAGCGAUUCAAGUGCUGCACUGUGAACAUCGAGGAGGGCCUAGGCAAGUCCUGGUGGGUCCUGCGGAAGACGUGCUUCCUCAUUGUAGAGCACAAUUGGUUUGAGACCUUCAUCAUCUUCAUGAUUCUGCUCAGCAGUGGCGCCCUGGCCUUCGAGGACAUCUACAUUGAGCAGAGGAGGACCAUCCGGACCGUGCUGGAGUACGCCGACAAAGUCUUCACCUACAUCUUCAUCCUGGAGAUGCUGCUCAAGUGGACAGCCUACGGUUUCGUCAAGUUCUUCACCAAUGCCUGGUGCUGGCUGGACUUCCUCAUUGUGGCUGUCUCUUUAGUCAGCCUUGUAGCUAAUGCCCUGGGCUACUCGGAACUAGGUGCCAUAAAGUCCCUUAGGACCCUAAGAGCUUUGAGACCCUUAAGAGCCUUAUCACGAUUUGAAGGGAUGAGGGUGGUGGUGAAUGCCUUGGUGGGCGCCAUCCCCUCCAUCAUGAAUGUGCUGCUGGUGUGUCUCAUCUUCUGGCUGAUUUUCAGCAUCAUGGGAGUUAACCUAUUUGCGGGAAAGUACCACUACUGCUUUAAUGAGACUUCUGAAGAACGAUUUGAAAUUGAAAUUGUCAACAAUAAAACUGAUUGUGAAAAGCUCAUGGAGGGGAACAAUACAGAAAUCAGGUGGAAGAACGUGAAGAUCAACUUUGACAACGUUGGGGCAGGAUACCUGGCGCUUCUUCAGGUGGCAACCUUCAAAGGCUGGAUGGACAUCAUGUACGCAGCUGUCGAUUCCCGAAAGCCUGAAGAGCAGCCUAAGUAUGAGGACAACAUCUACAUGUACAUCUACUUUGUCAUCUUCAUCAUCUUCGGCUCCUUCUUCACCCUGAACCUGUUCAUUGGUGUCAUCAUUGAUAACUUCAAUCAACAAAAGAAAAAGUUUGGAGGUCAGGACAUCUUCAUGACUGAGGAACAGAAGAAGUACUACAAUGCCAUGAAAAAGCUGGGCUCGAAGAAACCACAGAAACCCAUUCCCCGCCCCCUGAACAAAAUCCAAGGUAUCGUCUUUGAUUUUGUCACUCAGCAAGCCUUUGACAUUGUCAUCAUGAUGCUCAUCUGCCUUAACAUGGUGACGAUGAUGGUGGAGACAGACACUCAGAGCAAGCAGAUGGAGAACAUCCUCUACUGGAUUAACCUGGUCUUCGUCAUCUUCUUCACCUGUGAGUGUGUGCUCAAAAUGUUUGCCCUGAGGCACUACUACUUCACCAUUGGCUGGAACAUCUUCGACUUCGUGGUCGUCAUCCUCUCCAUCGUGGGAAUGUUCCUGGCAGAUAUAAUUGAGAAAUACUUUGUUUCCCCAACCCUAUUCCGAGUCAUCCGAUUGGCCCGUAUUGGGCGCAUCUUGCGUCUGAUCAAAGGCGCCAAAGGGAUUCGGACCCUGCUCUUUGCCUUAAUGAUGUCCUUGCCUGCUCUGUUCAACAUCGGCCUUCUGCUCUUCCUGGUCAUGUUCAUCUUCUCCAUCUUUGGGAUGUCCAAUUUUGCGUAUGUGAAGCACGAGGCUGGCAUUGAUGACAUGUUCAACUUCGAGACGUUUGGCAACAGCAUGAUCUGCCUGUUCCAGAUCACAACCUCCGCUGGGUGGGAUGGCCUGCUGCUGCCCAUCCUCAACCGCCCCCCCGACUGCAGCCUGGACAAGGAGCACCCCGGGAGCGGCUUUAAGGGGGACUGCGGGAACCCCUCGGUGGGCAUCUUCUUCUUCGUAAGCUACAUCAUCAUCUCCUUCCUAAUUGUCGUGAACAUGUACAUUGCCAUCAUCUUGGAGAACUUCAGUGUAGCCACCGAGGAAAGUGCAGACCCCCUGAGUGAGGACGACUUUGAGACCUUCUACGAGAUCUGGGAGAAGUUCGACCCCGACGCCACGCAGUUCAUCGAGUACUGCAAGCUGGCAGACUUCGCAGAUGCCUUGGAGCACCCUCUGCGAGUGCCCAAGCCCAACACCAUCGAGCUCAUUGCCAUGGAUCUGCCCAUGGUCAGCGGGGACCGCAUCCACUGCUUGGACAUCCUGUUUGCCUUCACCAAGCGGGUCCUGGGAGACAGCGGGGAGCUGGACAUCCUCCGACAGCAGAUGGAGGAGCGGUUCGUGGCCUCCAAUCCUUCCAAAGUGUCUUACGAGCCCAUCACCACCACCCUGCGGCGCAAGCAGGAGGAGGUGUCGGCCGUGGUCCUGCAGCGCGCCUACCGGGGCCAUUUAGCAAGGCGGGGCUUCGUCUGCAGAAAGACAGCUUCCAGCAAGCUGGAGAACGGAGGCGCACACCCGGAGAAGAAGGAGAGCACCCCGUCCACCGCCUCCCUCCCAUCCUACGACAGUGUGACUAAACCCGAGAAGGAGAAACAGCAGCGGGCAGAGGAGGGAAGACGGGAAAGAGCCAAAAGACAGAAAGAGGCCAGAGAAUCCAAGUGUUAGAGGAAAGCGGAAAUUUAACAUCGUACAGACUUCAAAUGCGCAAGUGAAAGAUUGUUUACAAACUUCCUGAAUAUUAUCAGUGCAGAACAGCUAUGGAGACACUUUACCCUGACGAUCUAUACCAAACGUAGUCUGCUUACCAUGUCACAUGGUUGCAUCUUGAGCAGUGACCUGCCCAGGGCAAAGGACCCUGCCCCCCGACUCGCAGAUUUUCUAACGCUUGGGCAGGUGGUUACUGCAUGUUCCACAUCAGUCAAUGCAACUUAGGACAAAACUAAACAGGACACAAAAACAGAG